CACACACACACACACUGGUCAAUCAUUACACACAGUGGUAGUGCGGUGGUCUCAGUCAUGUUGACUCUACUGCGCCACCUGUCGUCCUCUUGUUGCUAUGGCGGGAGACGCUCCAUAGCAACCGUCAUCUCUGGUAACAAAACUUCCAAGCUGGUGAGGGAGCGGCUGAAGAAGGAGGUGGACAAUAUGAAGAUGUCCAAUGUCAUCCCGAGUCUGCUGGUUUUACAGGUCGGAAACAGAGAAGAUUCAAACUUGUACAUCAGCAGUAAGAUGAAAGCUGCAGCUGAGGUGGGCAUCGACGCAGCACAUGUGAGGUUGCCCAACACGGUGACACAGGAUGAGGUUCUACGGACCAUCAUGUCGGCCAAUGAGGACGUAUCCGUGCACGGCCUCAUUGUGCAACUUCCUCUGGAUUCCAUCAACCACAUGGACGUGGAGAUGGUCACCAACACUGUCUCUCCACUCAAAGAUGUAGACGGUCUAAGUUGCAUCAAUGCGGGGAAGUUGUCUCGCGGGGACUUGAACAACUGCUUCCUCCCCUGCACCCCCAAUGGAUGCAUGGAACUCAUCAGACAGACAGGUGUGAGCGUGGCUGGCAAACACGCAGUGGUGAUCGGUCGCAGUAAGAUUGUUGGCGCGCCCAUGCACGACCUGCUGCUGUGGAAUCAUGCCACCGUUACCACCUGUCACUCAAAGACGCACAACAUCCCCGAAGAGGUGGGCAGGGCUGACAUCCUGGUGGUGGGGGCGGGGCGAGCGGAGAUGGUGAGAGGCGAUUGGCUGAAGGAGGGCUGCGUGGUCAUCGACUGCGGGAUCAAUCACGUGCCAGAUGAAAGCAAGCCAGGUGGCAAGCGUGUGGUUGGCGACGUCCACUACACCUCAGCCUAUCAGAGAGCUGGAUUCAUUACUCCGGUUCCCGGAGGGGUAGGCCCAAUGACAGUGGCCAUGCUCAUGCAGAACACAGUGCUCAGUGCUCAGCGUGUCCUCGCCAACAUGGCCGCCGCCGGACGCUCCCUCUGACGCUGCAGGCAGGACACGCCCCGCUGCAAUAUGAUUGACUGCUGCAAUGAGGCAAGGACUGCCUAGAACUCAGAACAAUGAACAGUAUGUCUAUUUCUCUGUCUUAUACUUCCCCCAGGUGGCCAUGGCAGGCACAACAGAAGGAGCAGCAUUCAACAUAUGGUGUGGCAAAAUUUUUUAAUUCUGUUUAAUGAUGUCAUUACUGCAAGUUUUUAUGAAGUAAAAUAUUAUAGCGUGCUCUA